AUGGCCACCGCAUUCUCGUUGCGCGCUGCGGCCCCGGCCUCCGAUCCACCUCGGGCAAAGGCGGAUGCGCCAUCGAGCGCCGUGGUCGGCAAGUCCGACGGUCAUGAGGUCUUGCUGUUUGAAGCUCUUCGUGAGGCCUUGAUAGAAGAGAUGAAAUUAGAUCCAACAGUGUGCGUGUUUGGUGAAGAUGUUGGUCAUUAUGGUGGUUCUUACAAGGUGACAAAAGGUUUGGCUGAUAUGUUUGGAGACCUUCGAGUUCUGGAUAUAUUGCUGAGAACUCAUUUACUGGCGUGGGAGUUGGAGCGGGAAUGA